AACCGGAAGUGGUGUGUCGGUUUCCGCCGGGGCUUCGUGUCGUGUAGCUGUCCGUGUCCAUGCUAGAAAGCUAAUUCAUUUCUUCUUCCUCUCCGAUGGCGAACAGAACCGUGAAAGACGCGAACAGUAUCCACGGAACCAACCCGCAGUACCUGGUGGAGAAAAUCAUCCGGACCCGAAUCUACGAGUCCAAAUACUGGAAGGAGGAAUGUUUCGGUCUCACCGCCGAGCUGGUCGUCGACAAAGCCAUGGAGCUGAGGUUCGUCGGAGGAGUUUAUGGCGGCAACAUCAAGCCCACUCCCUUCCUCUGCCUCACGCUGAAGAUGCUUCAGAUUCAGCCGGAGAAGGACAUCAUCGUGGAGUUCAUCAAGAAUGAGGACUUCAAAUACGUCCGUCUGCUCGGAGCGAUGUACAUGAGGUUGACCGGCACGGCGGUGGAUUGUUAUAAAUACCUGGAGCCUUUGUACAACGACUACAGGAAGGUGAAGAGUCAGAACAGGAACGGAGAGUUUGAGUUGAUGCACGUGGAUGAGUUCAUUGACGACCUUCUGCACGCCGAGAGAAUGUGUGACAUCAUUCUGCCCCGACUUCAGGUAUUGGACAUGUUUGUGACGCACGCACGCACGCACUCACGCACACUCUCUCUCUCUCGCUCUCUGAUGUUCGUGUGUAUGUGUGUGUUACAGAAGAGACAGGUGCUGGAGGAGGCCGAGAUGUUGGACACUCGCAUCAGCGCCCUGGAGGAAGACCUGGAUGAGGUGGAGAGCAGUGAAGAGGAGGACGAGGAGGAAGAGAAGCCAGAGAGACUCCAAACCCCGGAACCCCACAGACGCAGUUACCGUGACAAUGACCGACCUCGUCGCUCUCCGUCCCCUCGCUACAGACGCAGCCGCUCCCCCAGACGGAGGAGCAGAUCCCCAAAGAGGCGCAGCCCGUCGCCACGGAGAGAACGUCAUCGUAGCAAAAGCCCGCGCAGACACCGCAGCCGCUCUAGGGAACGACGCCACCGCUCCAAAUCCCCGGGUCACCACAGAAGCCACCGACAUCGCAGCCAUUCAAAGACCCCAGAGAGGAGUUCAAAAAAGAGUCACAAGAAGAGUCGAAGAAACGAGUGACGUCCUUCUUACUUUUAUAUCUUCUUUUUUUUUUUUUCAUCUCCUCCCCUUAAAUCUUGUAUGAAACUCGAGUUGUUGUUUUGUAUUUUUUUGUUAUGGCCACUGAUCUGUCUGUGCUCCGGCAUCAUUCUGAAAAAUCAGAUAACUUCUCAUCAUUGACAUUGACUGUAAAUAUAGAAAAUGUGCUUGUUUGUAAACAUUUUCUGUACAUUAAAAAUGAGUUUCACACUCGUACCUGACGUUCGUCAUAGAAAUAAAGAUUGUGAUUCGUCCAUCAA